AUGGAGGGCUCCGUCUGUGUAAGCUCAAACUUGUUAACGAGGCGCUUCUGGCUAAAUGGGUUUGGAGGUUCAAAGUGGAAGAUAAUAGUUUGUGGAAAAGGAGGUGGUCGUUUUUGCCAUCUAACCCCUCCUGGAGUGUGGAAUAAUAUUAGGAAGACGGAGGACAAGUUGUUUUUGAAUGGUAAAAGAAUUCACAGUUUAGUUAAAGGCGUGGUGGGAAAUGGUAACAUUAGAUUCUGGUUAGACGUUUGGUUUGGCGAUUCGGCUCUUUUAUUCAAAUGGCCUUGCCUUUUUGCUCUUGAAAAAUUCAAAUCUUGUUGGGUGAGUGACCGUUUGGAGGUUUUGGGAGAGGAGCUGUUAUUUCAUUUCAGUUGGUUAAGGGAUCCGGUUUCGGUGAGCGAAAUUCAGGAGCUGGAAGAAUUUGUGUCCUCGUUCGGUGAUGUGAAGCUUUCGGCCGGUAGGGAUAGAUGGGUUUGGUCGCCAGAGGCAUCGGGGGUGUUCUCGACAAGGUCCUUCAAGGCGUUAGCGGAGGAGGAUCGAGUCGAGGAGGUUCCUUUCUCUGUCAAGGGGUGUGGUUGGGUGCCAGCCAAGUGUAGGAUUUUUAUGUGGAGAACUGCUCUUGACCGGAUUCCGACAAGGCAAGCGCUCGAAAGAAGGAAUAUCCCUGUCGAAUCGUCGUCGUGUGCUCUUUGCGGGGAAGGAGUGGAAACAGAGGAUCACAUCUUUACGGCUUGCGACGUUAUAAUGAGGGUUUGGAAUCGAUUCAGCGGGUGGAUUAACCUCCUUCCGAUCUUUGCUUUCUCGUUCUCGGACGUCCUAAACAUUCACAAAGGGGUUAGCCGGAAUAAUAAAGCCAAGGAGAUUAUUCAUGGUUUGGUUAUAGCGUUGUGUUGGACGAUAUGGAAAGCUAGGAACGAAAAGAUUUUUGCCAAUGGUAGAGGAAAUAGUGUAUACAUUUUUGGUGAAGUUAGAUCCUAUGGAUUCUUUUGGCUUAAAAACAGAUCGAAGUAUAAGGAUAUUGUUUGGAGAGAAUGGUGUAACUAUCCGUUGUAUAUGUUGUAA